UGCCUCCUAUUCGCCAUCCUGUGCUGGCUUUACAUGAUCGAGGUCAUCCCACACUCGUUUACCUUCUUCUUCACCAUUCUCACUCUAUGGGCUCUCCAAGUUCAGUGCCUCCUCCAGAUCAUCGUCAACCGCUUAAACCUCCUCGUCUCGGAUCGGCGGCACCAGAACUACCUCAAGUACGGCAUCGCUGCGCUCAUUACGGCGAUCAACAUCUCGGUCUACUGCAUCUGGAUCCCGGCGCGCCUCCAGGUCUCGGACAGGUACAUCGCCGUGAACAAGAUCUGGGACCGGUUCGUCGUCUACCUCAUCGUCGACGCGUUCCUCAACUGGCACUUUGUUCGGGUCGUCAAGGCGCGCCUCGUCCAGAACGGGCUCGACCGCUACCGCCCUUUACUGCGCAUGAACCAGCGCCUCAUCAUCCUCUCCAUCUCGAUGGAUGUCCUCAUCAUCGGCAUGAUGUCUCUGCCCAAUACCUUCGUCUACAUGAGUGUGCAUCCCGUCGGCUACCUAGUCAAGCUCCUGAUCGAGCUGAGCCUCGCGAGCCUCAUCGUCGACAUCUCG